UAACGCGCAAUCUAAGAACCAAGAGCACGAGUUCGACGAGAUUUUUGAGGUAUUUUUCUCCACCAGACGUCGACCGAAUUCGCGAAAACGAUUCAUCCGCGAUGCGUUUGCUUUUGCUCUGAGCGGGCUCUCUCUCCGAAAAUGGCAGCGCCAUCUCUCUUCCUCCAUCAACCCACAUGCAGCUUCGGUUCCAAUCGAUUCUCUGCAUUCCCUGACAAUAAUUCUCAUCGAAGAUCGGCGCUUUCGCUUCGAUUACGGAGCUCCAGCUCGAUUUUCCGUCGCGGGCAUCUCCGGAAUCGGAGUAUCCGGGCUGUUUCUGGCCCCAAAACUAUGGAUGACUCUGUAAAAACCUAUGCUUGGAGGGACGAUGGCAGUGUUGACGGGGAAGAACGAGUGCGCGUAUUCGAGCAUGAGGCGUUCAUUAAUGGUUCGUCGGAGCUCCGGAACGAGUUGGUCGGCGGCGGCGGGAUCGACGCGACCAUCAAUCGUCUGAGCAAAUGGGUUGUGUCUGCUGUCUUCUGUUCUGUUCUUCUCCUGCGACACGAUGGGACAGCCUUGUGGGCGGUGAUUGGAUCCAUUUCAAAUUCUGCGCUCUCUGUAGCUCUAAAACGUAUAAUUAACCAGGAGAGACCUGUUGCAACUCUGCGUUCUGAUCCCGGCAUGCCCUCUUCUCAUGCUCAAUCCAUUUCUUUCAUCUCUUUGUUUGCCAUAAUGUCGGUUUUGGAAUGGCUUGGAACCAAUUCGGUCUCAAUGUUCCUCAGCGCCAUUAUCCUUGCAUCUGGAUCAUAUUUUACAUGGUUAAGGGUUUCCCAGAAGCUACACACAGUCAGUCAAGUAGUGGUGGGUGCCAUCUUGGGUUCGGUUUUCUCCAUCUUAUGGUACAUGGCUUGGAACUCUGUAGUGCUCGGAGCUUUUGUCGGGUCAUCUUCUGUACAAGUAGCUAUCUUUCUGGUUGCUGCUGCAUUUUCGCUAGGGUUUGUGGUAUAUGUUGUCCUUAACUGGUUUAGAUAUGACAGAUGAACAAACAAGCAACAAACUUAGAAUCCCAAGUGAGAUGGAAAAAAUGCACAUUCAUCUCUUCACUUUUUUUGUCUUAUUAAUUGAGCUAUAUAUAAUACAA